AUGUUUUCUUUUCAAGGAUUUAAAUGCAUCCCUUGCACAGAGAACUGGAAGUAGCAUGGACAGUCCUGUUACCACUUUUAUAUUAAAUGGAAAAUUUGGCCAGAGACUCCCAUGCGGGAUUUCAUAAAAUCACUGACGCAUACCUCUCACUGGAUUGGACUAUCCCGUAAGACAGCCAAUGAGUCCUGGGUGUGGAAGGAUGGCACAGCUCUCUCCAGUGACUUGUAA